AUGGACAUUCCUGUUUGCAACAGCAAGGCGGAUGUGAUUGUUCUAGUCCAAGACAGUCAAGGUACUUCCUCAACGACAGUUCAAAACGUAAAAACCGUGGUGCGAGCAAUGCUGAGACGACUAAGCAGUGAAUCAACAGACUUCAAAUUUGCUCUGGCAACGUACGCUACUUCGCGGCAAAUGAGUUGUUUUGGAAGCGCAGAUGAAACAAUCAGUUACAUUAACAACGAAUACCAAUACGGAGGAAGUGGCCUUAAUCGGCUAAAUCUUGCCCUGAGUAAAAUGGUCUUGAAACAGUUUGAAAAGCGUCGUGGCGACAGAAAAACAGACACGGCAAAGAUUCUAGUCAUAUUCUCAGACGGGAACACCAUGGAUGAGAAUGGAGACAUUAUGGAAAGCUUCAUGCUUGAAAAACCAGCCAAAAUAUUGAGAGUCAACAACAACAUCAAAAUAGCUGGUGCCCUUAUUCCCAACACUGAGAAUGCACCACGAAUACAAGAGUUAAAAGGCAUCGUCGCUGAACGAGAUGACGCCAUCAACGCCGAUUUUUCUGCUAAACUUGACGAGAUUGCAGAUCUCCUAGGAAAGAAAGUAAAGGAUGAGGCGUUUUGCCGUUAUGGUAAGAAUCUAUAGUAAUUCGUAGGGAACCUUACUGAUUUUUUCAUCUCUCUAGAUCUGUACAGAACGGCCGAGUAAAUAGUCAUGGCCUUCAUGAGCACUUUCUCUUCCAGUAGGUGGAGGUGGGGAUGGGGGAGAGACAGCAAGUUAGGGAUAAACUCUUGCUCUUAGGCCAUCGUAGCUUGAUUAAGAAUAUAACACAAACAGCGGUGAUAAACAUUGUAUUCCAACAAUUACAAUUACUACACCUACAAUAACAAUCUUGCUUCCUACCUCGUUGGCAUACUUCAGCCAAUUUCCACCAACCAGCACACGGUUAACAGAACAGAAAAACAACGUUUCAAGGCCUUGGCUAAAUGUCACCAUGCAUCAGCCAUUGCUGAUCAUGUGAAAAACACUGGUCACAACAUAAAAUGGGAUCAUUUUGACAUUUUAGCGUCCGGCAAAAUUGACUUUCAUUGCCAAAUUAAAGAGACUCUGUUUAUUCAAGAGCUAAAGCCUUCUCUUAAUGUCAAUAUCAGUAGUGAGAAGUUGUUGCUUUAUUAGCUGUUUCACCUCAUGAUGUUAAGACAGGUUAACGUACUGCUGAAGAUCAUUUUUGCCAGUCUAG